AUGGCUACCUAUCCAGAGAGCUGCUUGGAUGCCACCGUGCUGAACUUCGUAGCAGAUCUCUCCCUGGCCUCUCCCAGACAUCCUCUUCUCUGCGAGUUCCCACCUGGGGUCCCUUUUGGGGACCAAACCCUGGGGUUCAGAGAGGGAAGACCUAGGAGGCUGUCUCAGUUUGAUGAAAGUUAUCAGGAAGUAGAGGCGGGCGAAGUGGACUAUGAGGACCCCGAAGAAGAGGAAGAGGAGGCAGAGGGGCGCGGCAGAGUAGCAUCCUUGCUGGGCCGCCCCAAAAGGAAAAGAGUCAUCACUUAUGCCCAGCGCCAGGCCGCCAACAUUCGCGAGAGGAAGAGGAUGUUCAACCUCAACGAGGCCUUCGACCAGCUGCGCAGGAAGGUGCCCACCUUCGCUUAUGAGAAGAGGCUGUCCAGGAUCGAGACCCUCCGCUUGGCCAUCGUCUACAUUUCCUUCAUGACAGAGCUCCUGCAGAGCAAGGAGGAAAACGAGGCCAGCUGA